AUGUCAAUCUACUUGUGGCACGGGAUCUCCGCGCCGCUGGAGGGCACUGCGUGUCUGUGCCUGCUGGCGUCCUUGAACAGCGAGUUCAAUCGCCCCAAUAGCUUGCUGUCCGCCACGGAUCUGCAGUCGCCAGCGGCCCCCUUCAUCGCAUGCUCAUACUUCCACCUACGGCUCUUCAUACGCUCUCUUGAAGCGCUGAUCGGGCCCGCCGCAUUCUUCGCCCCUCCCAGUCGCAGGCGCACACUACAGUACGAAGAAAUCGGAGACGUCUCCCUUGUGUCUCCCUUGACAGUGACGGCACUGGCCCAG